UAAUUCAAAACAACAUGGCAGCCUUCUUCAAGAGUCGGCACCGUUGGAAAAGGACUAGUUGUUUUAGUAUUCUAACAAGAAAUCUGACAGGGAAAUAUGAUUAUGACUUGGUCGUUAUUGGAGGAGGCUCAGGCGGUCUGGCGUGUUCCAAGGAAGCGGCCCAGUUGGGGCAGAAGGUUGCUGUGUUAGAUUAUGUGGAGCCAUCUGCUAAAGGUACCAAGUGGGGUCUUGGUGGGACGUGUGUUAACGUUGGCUGCAUCCCCAAGAAGCUCAUGCACCAGGCUGCACUGCUUGGCACCGCGGUUAAAGAUGCCAGAAAGUAUGGCUGGAAGAUCAAGGAUCCAGUGUCCCACGAUUGGGAAACCAUGGCAGAGGCGGUCCAGAACCACGUCAGGUCUCUCAACUGGGGCCACCGGGUCCAGCUCCAGGACAAGAAGGUGAAGUACCUAAAUUUGAUGGGAAGCCUGCUAGAUGAACACACAGUCAGAGGGAUGACCAAAUCUGGGAAGGAGUCCUUCUUGACUGCCAAGAACAUUGUGAUUGCCACCGGAGGGCGUCCCAAAUACCCCACACACAUCCCAGGAGCCAUGGAGCAUGGCAUUACCAGUGAUGACAUCUUUUGGCUGAAAGAGGCACCUGGAAAGACACUCGUGGUCGGAGCCAGUUAUGUGGCUCUAGAGUGUGCAGGGUUCCUGACGGGCAUCGGCCAGGACACCAAAGUCAUGGUGCGCAGCAUUGCCCUCCGUGGGUUUGAUCAGCAAAUGGCGGGGCUGGUGACGGACCACAUGCAGGCGUAUGGGACCAGGUUCGCCUGGGGCUGCGUUCCCCAGAGGGUGGACAAGCUGCCCUCAGGGGCGCUGCAGGUGACCUGGGCCGACACGCGGACGGGCAAGGAGGAGACGGACUCCUUUGACUCGGUGCUGUGGGCCGUGGGCCGAGCACCAGAGACCAAGGCACUGGGCCUGGACAAGGUGGGGGUGGAGGUCAACCGGGAGACGGGGAAGAUUGUGGUGGGAGCUGAUGAAUCCACCUCUGUGUCCAACAUCUACGCCUUCGGAGACAUUGGCGAGGGUCGGCCUGAAUUGACUCCGACAGCAGUUAAAGCGGGCAGACUGCUUGCCCGCAGGCUAGCUGGCCAAAGCACCCAGCUCAUGGACUAUGUCAAUGUGGCGACCACCGUGUUUACUCCUCUGGAGUACAGCUGUGUGGGUCUGUCUGAGGAGGAAGCUGUGGGCAGACACGGGCAGGACGCCAUUGAGGUCUACCAUGCGUUCUACAAGCCUCUGGAGUUCACGGUUGCAGAGAGAGAUGCCAGCCAGUGUUACAUCAAGGUGGUGUGUGAGCGGGGAGGAGAGCAGAGGAUUCUGGGACUGCACUACACAGGUCCCAACGCUGGAGAGGUGAUGCAGGGCUUCUCAUUGGCCCUACGGUGUGGCGCCACCCUCUCCCACCUUAAGGAGACGGUAGGGAUCCACCCGACCUGUGCCGAGGAGCUGACCAAGGUCAGCAUCACCAAGCGCUCCGGCCUGGACGCCACCGUCACCGGCUGCUGAGGUUAAGCUCCCCUGGUCCCUGAACACCACCGAGCACACGGGGUCCCCCACUCUAGAGCAAGGGUUUAGGACGAAUGGUUGUUGGUGAUGCAGGCUGCAUGCCUGCAGUCUCUCUCUCUCUCUCUCUCUCUCUUGGCAGGGUUCAUGGUGGUAGCCUCUCAAAAGGAGAUAACCUGUAGGCUCUGGGUUAAGUAAAUCCCUCAUUUUCUAGCUCGCUCACCUCCACUCGCUCGCCCGAGAGUUCUCGUAUGAAUCUUUCAUCCAGGUCACCAGAAUGGCCUCCUCUAGUGUCCAGGAUUUUCUUCACAUAUGUCUCCCCCUCCAACGUGUAGUACGGCCUGGUCCUCAUCUUCAGCGGGGUUCGGUGGCUGAUUUCGGCGAAGUCUGGGCGCUUCGUCGAUGAGGAAGCCCAGGUUAGUGCCGGGGAGGCCGUCACGUGAACGCAACAGAAUGAUUAUCCUAAUUCCAUGCCCCCCGUGCGAGUUUGCGUACGCUCUCGCUCUGAAGGCAAAGUGUUAUGGAUCCCCCAGUUAGCAAAGGCCCGACUGCAGAGCGGGAGCCCGUUAGAUAAACAGCCUCAUAAAUCAGGAUUAUGGGCCCCUCCUUCCAGACUGCUUGUUUUUCCUAUUAUGAUCGUUUUUUUUUCCGUCUUAACAAGAACUGUGGAGAUACCUUGGGUUUUUGUUUCCUUUCGCGCAUUUUUCUUUAUUUUCUGAAUAUAUAUAUCUAUAUAUAUAUAGAUAUAUAUAUUACGUAAAUAUUGUCUUUUCUCUGUCUGUACUUCGUGUCCAUUAGUCUUGAAGGUGACACAUGCCUUGCUACCC